ACGUGAUAGCGAAACGUCGCUCAUCAAACAGAUAAAAUUAAUAAUCUGUGUGCGACGGACGUCAGAAAAAUGUCGGAAAGUGUGUCAAAGUAAUUUUUAUUUCACAAUUUACGAAUUCAACGAUUUAUUAUCAGAUUUAAUAGCGCAAUUUAAAUCUGGUGUUUAAAACAGUUGUGACAAGUUGAUAAUAUAGUUCGCUACCACAUAAUAAUUCAGGAAAGUCAAUUGGUACACCAUGAAGGUUUGGGGAGCACACGGGGAGUUCUGCGCGAGGCACCAAUGGGAGGUGAUAGUGGCCACGCUAGCUCUCCUAGCGUGCGCCGCGAGCGUGGAGCGCCACGCUACGGGCCAGCGCUCUGAACGCUGUGCCGGCUGGGCUAGAGCAUGCCCUGGCUUAGAAGCAGAAUACCAAGCAGCAGAUGCCGUCAUCAUGACCAUAGUUCGCUGUUCAGCUCUACUCUACGCGUAUUACCAAGUCUCCAACCUGCAGAAGAUCGCGUCGAAGUAUUUGUUGAUAAUAGCCGGCGUGUUUUCGACGUUCGCUAGCUUUAUUUUCACGUCCGCGUUGGCUAGUUUGUUCUGGACGGAAUUGGCAAGUAUCAAAGACGCGCCGUUCCUGUUUUUGUUGGUUGCGGAUGUCGCUAGAGGCGCGCGUAUGGCUAAAGCCGGUUGGUGUGCGGGUGAAGAUCAAGGGAAAAGAGUAGGCAGGGCGCUGUCCCUGCUCGGACCGACAGCAACGUUAGAUACACUUCUAGCGGUUCUCCUGGUCGGUGUUGGUGGCGUGUCUGGUGUGCCUAGACUGGAACACAUGUGCACUUUCGCCUGUUUGGCCCUGAUGGUCGACUAUCUAGUUUUCGUCACGUUUUACCCUGCUUGCCUGUCUCUAGUGUCAGAUUUUGCAUCUGGCAAGAAGGAGAUUUCGACUGACAACCCGUUUAUGGAAGCUGAUUUGAAACCUAACCCAGUGGUGCAAAGAGUUAAGAUGAUUAUGGCGGCUGGACUGUUGUGCGUUCAUCUCACGAGCCGGUGGCCUUGGGCGAGAGAUAGUGGCAUGAUAGAUGGAUCUUUGAGUCACAAUUUCAAACCGUCAUCGCAAGAUAACGUUCUGUUACACUCUUACGUAAAAUGGUUUUCGGUAUCUGCCGAUUAUAUCGUGAUAGCAACGCUAUUAUGCGCUCUGAUAAUCAAGUUCGUUUUCUUUGAAGAAACAAGGAAUUGGGUUAUCGAUAUGAACGAUUUAACUGUAAAAGAAGUAGUGCAUAACGAGAAACCCGUGUUUACACUCGGAGAAGACACUAAAACUGAUGCUAUAAUGCAGACAGAUGGUUAUGAUGAAGCCGAGUGGCCAACACUAUCGCCCAGUUCAUCAGUUGCUAGAAUGAAUGCUAAGAAACGACCGAUGGCUGAAUGUUUGGAAAUAUACCGUUCGGAAGGCGACUGUACGUCGUUAAGUGACGAAGAAGUCAUAAUGCUUGUAGAACAAUCUCAUAUACCGAUGCAUAGACUGGAAACUGUAUUAUGCGAUCCAGUACGCGGUGUGAGACUGCGCAGAAAAAUUAUUUCUUCCAGAUUCCAAACUGAAUCCGCAAUCAAAUCGUUGCCAUACUUGAACUACGAUUACAGCAGAGUUAUGAAUGCGUGCUGCGAAAAUGUUAUUGGAUUUGUAGGUAUUCCAGUUGGUUACGCUGGUCCCUUAGUUGUUGAUGGUAAAGCGUAUAUGAUACCCAUGGCAACGACUGAAGGCGCGCUUGUUGCUUCUACAAACAGAGGUGCUAAAGCGAUCGGUACAAGAGGAGUGACCAGUGUUGUAGAAGAUAUCGGUAUGACAAGAGCACCGGCUGUUAAACUUCCAAAUGUCGUUCGAGCACUCGAAUGCCGCCAAUGGAUGGACAAUAAAGAUAAUUACGCGCUUAUCAAAGAAGCGUUUGAUUCGACUUCAAGGUUCGCUCGUCUUCAAGAAGUACAUAUAGGUGUUGAUGGAGCCACUUUAUAUUUGAGAUUCAGAGCAACCACCGGUGACGCUAUGGGAAUGAACAUGGUAUCAAAGGGCGCAGAAAACGCGCUUAAAAUCCUCAAAAACUUCUUCCCAGACAUGGAAGUGAUCAGUCUCUCUGGUAAUUACUGUUCGGAUAAGAAAGCUGCAUCUAUUAACUGGGUCAAAGGUCGCGGUAAGCGUGUUGUUUGCGAAACGACUUUAUCAGCGGAGAGCUUAAGAACGGUUUUAAAAUCUGAUGCAAAAACGCUAGCACGUUGUAACAAGAUCAAAAAUCUCUCCGGUUCAGCAUUGGCUGGUUCGAUCGGUGGUAAUAAUGCUCAUGCAGCUAACAUGGUCACUGCUAUUUUCAUUGCUACAGGACAAGAUCCUGCUCAGAACGUCACGAGUAGCAAUUGUUCUACAAGCAUGGAAGUGUGCGGAGAGAAUAGAGACGAGUUAUACGUCACAUGUACCAUGCCUUGUCUAGAAGUUGGUACGGUCGGUGGUGGAACAGUAUUGACCGGACAAAGCGCUUGCUUAGAGAUUCUCGGGGUGAAAGGCGCGGGUGCCAGACCGGCAGAAAACUCGGCUAGACUAGCAUCCUUGAUCUGUGCGACUGUUUUAGCGGGUGAAUUAAGUCUCAUGGCUGCACUCGUUAAUUCCGAUUUGGUGAAAUCACACAUGCGACACAAUAGAUCCACAGUUAACGUGCAAGGCUCCGCAAACGAUAUGACAUUAAAAGUGCCGAAAUUAUAACGUAACCUCUUGUUUGAGAUAUUAGCUGUAGAGAACGCCUUGGAGCUCGAAUGUUAGAUGUAGUCCGCGAAUUAUAAAUGUUACGUUGUUAAGUGUUUCAAAAUACGUUUAGCUACGAAGAAAUUUAUUAGGCAUAGUAUUAAGUAGAACUUUUAUACGUCGAUUAAGCUUUAUUAGCAGUUUAAUUUAACUUAGGAAAAUUUUACAUUCAACGCUGUAAAAGAGCAGUGUUAUAGCUUAACAAUGAUUAGAGGCUCAGCAUAGCUCCCUGUGGCAUCCCAGUGUUUCUAAUUUAUUAUAAUAAGACUUAAAUGUGUGCUUCCAUUUCUAUUUGUUUUAAGGCAGACCAAUUAUAUUAGGGACAGUGGGAUUAAGGGUAUUAUUACAAUAAAUAAGUAUAACUUAAUACUUUCCUAUCGUCAUGGCGAUUACCUCUUAUCAUCGAAACAAGUAUGCAAUGGUUUGGCUUCAAAGCGAAACUUGUAAAACAAGGUUAAGUUCUGCCACUUGCAUCGCACUUGUUAAUUAAUACUAGAAAUAGAAUAUGUACCAAAAAACAUUCGAGUUGAAGUGUUGCGUAAUUCAUUCAAUAAUUAUUGAACCAACAAAGGACUGGCAGUCAAAUACGCACAAAUCGUUAAAUAUUUAACAGGAUAAACGAACGAACGAGUGGGUAUUUGUUUUAUCUAUGCAUGAAUGAAUAUUUUUAAAUCCGGCUUUACCUCAUGUUAACAGCAUCAGCGUAUUCUUAAAUAUCAACCUUAGUUUUUAUAACCCAAUUAUCUGCUGAAGGCAUACAAAGAAGGAACUAGAUUAUGCAAUCAUCAAGGGAUGUAGUUUAUUAUAUAUAGGGUUUUACAUGCAGCAUGAUAAAUGCAGAGAACAGACAUUGUUGCUUUUGACUUGACUUACUCUAUGAUCAUUAUUAUAUGAUCCCACUGCUGGGACACGAGUUGACAAUGAGGGUUCAAGCCAAUCCACGCUGGCCAAAUCGUCGACCAUUUUAAUAUGAUAUGGAAUGAAUUUUUUUAUGAAUCUUCAAGUUAUUAUCAAGUUCAGUGUGGUUUGGAUGCUUCUGUAGAUAAGUCGAUAAAAAAUUCUAUUAAUAUAACUGACGUAAAAAUGAAGAUUAAUAAUAAUCUGUGUACAAUUUUUAAACAAGUACACAUCGUCAAAUAACCAAGAGCCUUUCUCAGUAUUCAUAGUUCUUAUGUAAAAAAGGAUUAUACAUAGAUUAUUAUAAUUCAGAAUUAUAAUUCUAAUCGACUACGAAAACUAAUUAAGAAUCUCGAAUUCCCAGCCAUAUAAAUCUUCGAUUCGUUAGUAUCCAAAUCACGUUGGUUUAUAUAACAUCUAAUAAGGUUAGCCUUGCGUAAAUAUGCGUUAUUACGUCAGCAAUACAUAACAAUGUAUUGUCAAUUAUCACUUCAUAUGUAUUCUGAUAUCGUUCAUUUGACGUGACCGUUGUCUUUAGUCAUUAAAUGUCAUAAUAAUUUGAAUUUUUAGCGGGAUUUUUCAAUGACAGUUCCUUGUUGAAACGUCUAUUGUCUAUGCUAGUAUCAAUAAAUGUAUUAUAAUGAAAUCGUCGAUAAAAUGUAGGUAAAUAAAAUGAUACGCACAUCUUUCAAAAUGGUUUCCCGUCUGAGCACCAAUGUCUGCCUCUGUAUGGUAACAAGAGUUGAAAUUAUUAAAAUAAAUAUGAAUGAAAGUCUAUUUUUGUAACGCACAACGUGUAGCAAGGUCAUGUUUUCAAAUAAUACCCGAGAAUGUUUUCAUUGUACCGUCGUUUAUUUUGAAAAACAUUCUUGCAUACAAUAUUAUAUUUUGUUGAAAUUUCUUGUGGAUUGUUGGAAUAAAGUAUUCUUCCGUGACAUUCGCAUUGAUUUACAUUGAAUAUUACUAAAUUAAUUUACAUAAAGUACCUGGCUUUCUAUCUCCAGCUACUAUAUACUAUACUACUAUAUCUAAUAAAAAUAAAUUCACCCGUUUCGUAGGUUUAUCACUGACAGCAUUUGGCUUUAUAGUUCGGACUUUUAGAAUGCGUUAGUAUAAUCAAUACUUGAAGUACUAAUACUAAUUACUAUAUAUUUUGUUAAACUUAAACGCCAUUAUCGAACGGAUUUUAAACUCGAUAAAAAAACUAGUUUUGUUUUGAUAAUUUUUGUUAAAGUUAAAAUGUGGGUUCAACGGCUUUCAUGCGAUGAUUUAAAAUAUACGCAAAUAAAAUCGUAACUUAUUUACUUAAUGAGAUGAUGUAGACCUUAAUUAUAUCCUGUGAUACAUUCUAACAUGACUCAACGCUGCAUUUAAGUACUUGACUUGUUACUAAUCUGUAAUUCGUCAAUCACUACAUAGUUUAGAACAAAGUCGCUUUCUCUGUCCCUAUGUCCCUUUGUAUGCUUAAAUCUUUAAAACUACGCAACGGAUUUUGAUGCGGUUUUUUUAAUAGAUAGAGUGAUUCAAGAGGAAGGUUUUAGUAUAGGUAUAAUUUAUUAGGUUUUAGACAAAGCGGGCGAAGCCGCGGGCGGUAAGCUAGUAAAUGUAUAAACAAAGUGCAAAAAUGUACUUUGAUAUUUUGCCUGAGAACAUUUUUAUUUUAGAACGGAAUGUGAUUUUUUAUCUGUGCAAUUUUGGCGCGAAAGCUCGACCGUCAAAAGAGGAUGUUACAAAUUUUAUUGUUCGACUCGUCCAAUAGAUUGUAGAUCUUGGAAAUACGUCACAUAUUAAUAUGUGUAUCUUUCGAAACAUCAAACCUUGAAAAUCAUUGCUAAGAUUGCGUAUUCCUACUGCAGUUAAGCACAAGGUCUCUUACGAAAAACCUACAAUUUACAAUGGCUUUUUAAUCAUUCUGGCGGGAAAGGUGACAUUUCAGUUUUUGUUUUUUUUUUUGAUACAGGCCCUUAAACUAAAUGCGACAGUGAAAGAGGUUUUACGGUGAUUAAUUAACAGAUAAAAUAUAAUCCUUAAUUUUUUUUUGUGAUCUUUUUUUUAUGACAAGUUUAUCUGACGUCUGUUAUUAUCAUCGAAAAUUAUACUUGGAAAGCACGGUUUAUAAUCAUUUUUAUGCUUUUAUGCAUUUUAUGCAUAUUUAUAUCUAGCAUGAACGUGUAAAAUGACUUGAACAUAAAAAGACAAUAUAAAGUUAAUGGCGAAAGCAUUAAGAUAAUUUAAAUUAAUGUUACCAAUGCGUGACAUGGUGGUAAAAUUUAUGGCAAUUUAUGACGUUAAAAAGUUUUCACGGUGAAGGUUUUAACCUUUCUAGAUAUUUAUAAUUAUUAAGAAUAGAAAUUCGAUUCAAUAACUAAUAAGAUGUGAAAAAAACUCAUAAUUGUAUUGUCCCCGAUCCUUGAUGAGUAGACAAAGUUUAAAUUAAAUCUGUCCGUUUGAAGUGGGUCAAAAUCUAUAGGAGUUGGACAUACAAACAGACCGCCUCCUUGGUACAGUGGUUGACGCGCUAGCGUAGUACCGAUGGGUCCUGGCCGGGUUCGG